UGUUUCUGAGUGUGUGUGUGAGUGUGUGCGCAUGUCCUUGUCAGGGUGAAGCGAGGCAGCGCAGCUCGACACACACACACAGCCACAGACAUGAAUCACCUCCUGAAAGUUCCAGUUCUGGCCAGCCGUGCCUUCAGCAGCUCCGCCAGACAGCUGAGGAACAGAGUCCCUGAGGCUCAGAAACUCUUCCAGGAGGACAAAGGGUUGCCAGUCCACAUCAAGGGGGGAACCUUUGACGUUGUGCUCUACCGGGCGACCAUGACGCUAACUCUUGGAGGAACCUGCUACUCUCUGUACUGGCUGCUCAUGGCCUGCUUGCCUCAGAAAAAAGCAUAGAGAAGAAACCAGCCCCGGGCUCAGUCUAACGCAUGGAGAACGACGCCUGGCUUCGUCUAACACUAAUGUUUGUUGUGUACAAUUCUAUUUGAUUUUAUGACAAGUCGUUGUACUUUGAUCAUGGCAAAGAUGAAUAUGUAAAAAGUGUAAAAAGAUUUAAUCUCAA